GUCAACCCUGUCUUCACCGACCGCAUCGCCAGGGCAACCAUUUACUUUGUAGGGUUGGCGUACAUGUUUCUUGGUGUAUCCAUCAUCGCUGACCGCUUCAUGGCAUCCAUUGAGGUCAUAACCUCCCAGGAAAGACAGAUUACCAUCAAGAAGCCCAACGGUGAGAAGAUCACCACCACUGUCCGCAUCUGGAAUGAGACGGUGUCUAACCUCACCCUGAUGGCACUUGGCUCAUCUGCCCCAGAGAUCCUGCUCUCCGUGGUGGAAGUGUGCGGUCACAACUUUGACGCUGGUGAGCUCGGGCCCAAUACAAUUGUAGGCAGCGCCGCCUUUAACAUGUUCGUCAUCAUUGGCUUAUGUGUGUCCGUUAUUCCCGACGGAGAGACCCGUAAGGUGAAGCACCUGCGGGUGUUUUUUGUCACCGCAUCCUGGAGCAUCUUCGCCUACAUCUGGCUCUACCUGAUAUUGGCCGUUUCUUCUCCGGGAGUUGUGGACGUAUGGGAGGGGCUCCUCACACUCUUCUUCUUCCCUAUUUGUGUCGGCUUUGCCUACGUGGCCGACCGCAGACUCCUCUUUUAUAAGUAUGUGUACAAACGAUACCGAGCCGGGAAGCGAAAAGGAGUGAUCAUCGAAACUGAGGGUGAGCUCCCUCCGAAAAUUGACAUAGAAAUGGAUGGAAAGGCAUUGAACUCUCAUGGAGAGGAUGUAACUGGAGAGGCUGGGCUUGAGCUGAAGGAGCUGGAUGAGGAGGAGGCCCGAAGGGAGGUGGCGAGGCUCCUGAAGGAGCUCAAACAGAAACAUCCAGAGAAGGAAACGGAGCAGCUGAUGGAGCUUGCCAAUUACCAAGUUUUAACACAGCAGCAAAAGAGUCGGGCUUUCUAUCGCUGCCAAGCAACCCGGAUCAUGACCGGAGCUGGCAACGUCCUGAAGAAACACGUCACCGACCAGGCUAAGAAAGCUGUGCAGUUAGACAUCUGUUCCGAGGUCACAUCCAACCACUUCUCCUCCAAGGUGUUCUUCGACCCUGGGACUUAUCAGUGUCUCGAGAACUGUGGCAGCGUGGCAAUGAACGUUGUCCGACGCGGUGGAGACCCAAUGAGCACCGUCGCUGUGGACUACCGGACUGAAGAUGGCACCGCGAAUGCUGGGUCAGACUACCAGUUCACAGAAGGGACCAUCGUGUUCAAACCAGGAGAGACUGAGAAAGAGAUCCGCAUCAACAUCAUUGACGAUGACAUUUUUGAGGAGGACGAGCACUUCCUGGUUCACCUCAGCAAUGUCAGGGUCAUAUCGGAGGGCUCGAACGGCUGUGAAACCAACCACGUGGAUGGGGUUGCAGGCUUGGGGUUGCCAUGCACAGCUACCGUCACUAUCUUUGACGAUGAUCACGCCGGGAUCUUCACCUUUGAGGAGCCAGUGGUGACCGUAAGCGAGAGUGUUGGGGUAAUGGAGGUAAAGGUCAUUCGGACCUCUGGGGCUCGUGGAGUUGUAGUGGUACCGUACAAAACCACAGAAGGGACUGCUAAAGGGGGCGGCGAGGACUUCGAGGACACACACGGAGUUCUGGAGUUCGAAAAUGAUGAAAUCUUUAAAACCAUCAUUAUCAACAUCGUAGAUGAUGAAGAAUAUGAGAAGAAUAAGAACUUCUUCCUGGAGGUGGGGUCUCCUCGGCUGCUGGAGAUGACUGAGAGGAAAGCUGUGUUGCUUCAGGAAGUUGGUGAAUUCAUGCCCACAGGUAAGAGAACUUCGCUCACUUUGUUUAAAUGUUCAGGCAGAGAUAUCUACAGGAAGGUCCAAGGACGAGACCACCCAGCCCCCUCCACCAUCAUCAAUGUCACAGGUUUGAGCGAGGAGUCCCUGACCAAAAAGGAGGAGGAGGAGCGAAGGAUAGCAGAGAUGGGACGGCCGAUGCUGGGGGAACACGUCAGGCUGGAAGUCACCAUUGAGGAGUCGUAUGAGUUCAAAAACACGGUAGACAAACUGCUGAAGAAGACCAACCUCGCGCUGCUGAUCGGGACCAACAGCUGGAGGGAGCAGUUCGUAGAGGCCAUCACUGUCAGCUCAGGUGACGAUGAUGAUGACAACGAAGAUGGCAGUGGAGAGAAGAAGCUGCCGUCCUGCUUCGACUACGUGAUGCACUUCCUGACGGUGUUCUGGAAACUUCUGUUCGCAUUAGUUCCUCCCACAGACUACUGGAACGGCUGGGCCUGCUUCAUCGUCUCCAUCUCCGUCAUCGGACUGCUCACCGCCAUCAUUGGAGAUCUGGCGUCACAUUUCGGCUGUACGGUUGGCCUCAAGGACUCCGUCACGGCUGUGGUGUUUGUUGCGUUGGGAACAUCAGUCCCCGACACCUUCGCCAGUAAGGUGGCCGCAAUCCAGGACCAGUAUGCCGACGCCUCCAUCGGGAACGUGACAGGAAGUAACGCUGUCAAUGUGUUCUUGGGCAUUGGAGUGGCCUGGUCUAUCGCCGCCAUCUACCACCAGGCCAAAGGCGGCAAGUUCUAUGUCAACCCCGGAACUCUGGCCUUCUCUGUCACCCUCUUCACCAUCUUUGCCUUCAUCUGCAUCGCCGUCCUUCUCUACCGCCGCCGGCCAGAGAUCGGUGGAGAGCUCGGAGGCCCCCGAAUCCCCAAGAUCCUAACCAGCGGCCUGUUCUUCACCCUGUGGCUGUUGUACAUCAUCUUUUCCUCACUGGAGGCCUACUGCCACGUCAAGGGCUUCUAAGAGUCCUGCAGG